CAUACCCACCCCAGCGCAGAGAAAGAUUUUAUUUUCUUCGCUUUCUCUCUGCAACAUAGCGACGUCUUUGUUUUCAAAACUUCCGUUUAAACUUUUAAACAACGCCAUUUUCCGGCCCUUUAUCUACUCUACCAAACUCCUUUUUUCCCGUCUAGGCUUAAUAUCAAUGCGGCGUGGUUUUGAUCUUUCAUUUUCGAUAUUCUGAAAUCGCCGAUUACCAACUCUUCAGUCUCUCGCUUUAUUUCAGGUUUUGAUCUCAUUUUAUUUUUCUAUUAUUGAUUUUAUUUUGUUUAUUUUUUUCUAUUGUAAUCUUCUCCUUGCUGAGUUUAUUUUUUGCUGAUCGAUUUUCUCCGGAAAAUAAUUAUGAGAAAUUGGUAAGCUUUGUUGAUUUAUGUAUUUUUGGUGGUGCAUGUAGUGGUUUCCCGUUCAUUUCACUUUUAAGAUUUUAGUCUUUAUAUUGUUAUUAUAUUGCUUAGAUUACAGAUUAAUAUAAGUAGGUUUUGAUUGUUGAAAUAAUUGUGGUUUAUGUAUAUUUUAUUUUUGUGUUGUUAAUUCUCAUUGGAUUGCUGUGUUGGCUUUGGUAAUUAGUAGAACUUAUUUAACUUUAAUUCUAAUUAUUCAUCCCUUUCGAGUGUUUCCUUGUAAUAAUCAGUGAAAUUCAGCUAUCUGUUUUUAAGUUAGGGAAUUGGUAAAUCAGACAAUUAUAACUUGCUGGUGAUUAGAUCGAAAUAUAUAAUACUUGGUUGCUUGUGCCUGCUCUCUUUGCUUAGUAUAGUAAGUUUAAUUCAUGUACUUUGGUUAUGAGUUAUUUUUCCAGUAAAGAAGUUGCUUUCUUGCUUAGGGGAAACAAGAGGUAGGGGGGAAGUAAGGGGAAGGGGUAUGUUGUUGGUUGAAGAUGCUUAAAGAACUUGGCUACAAUAUAUAGUGCUUCUUUGUGAGCAAAAUGGGUGAUGCAAUGAAGAAUAGUUUUCCUGGAGGUUGUCCUGAGUUUGGCGCAAUCUUCAUGUCGAACAAUGCAACGAAAAGAGAAUGUUUAAGAAGAAAAGUUUUUGCCCUCCCAUAUUCGCAGUACCACUUUGUGAAACAGGUUAAAGCCGGGAUGAUUCUUUUCCUGUUUGAAUUUGAGAGGAGAGAACUGCAUGGUGUGUUUCAAGCAUGCUCUGAUGGUGAAAUGAAUAUUCUGCCUCAUGCAUUCAGUUCAUCAGGGAAGCAAUACCCUGCACAGGUAAAAUUCAUCUUUAUGUGGAACUGCCAUCCACUUUCUGAAAAUGAAUUCCGUGAUGCUAUCAGGGAAAACUAUUUCUCCAAAAACAAGUUUAACUUUGGACUGUCCGAAGAUCAGGUCCGAAGGCUUCUAUCAUUGUUCAAUUUGAAGAGGAUGAAAGAUCAGGCACCUCAGAGGUGGUUGACUGGAAGUAAAGUUGCAAGGCCAAGUGGGUACUCUACAAGUAAAACUAGAAGACUAGUUGAUAACUCUCCAAUGAAUAAUCAGAUGCCACGUGAAUGUGGUGUGGACAACCAUCAUGGACUAGAUAUUUCCACCAUGCACCAAGGGGACUCUUUCUAUAAUGAUGACAGACAAACUGGCGAUGGCAGAUUUGGAACAUACACGGAUGUUGAAUAUGAGCAUAAAGCAAGCGCCUUCUUAAAUGAGUGUUUUCGGGAUCUUAUGGGUAAAGUUGAAGGGAACAUGGUUUCUGGUGAAUAUGCCAGAAGUGACAGGGUGGACACUGAAUGGAAAACUGGUAUGGAGCUACAACCAGCAGUUUCAGCUGGGUAUUCUUCAGGUAAUUUCAGAAGCAUUUCCAAAGAUGUUAGGUUUGCAAAGAGUGAUAGAACUGAAACAAAAUGUUACAAGGAUGAUGGUUUUGCACCAACCAUCUCAACCGCUUAUCCUACUUCUUUUCAAUCUAAAGUUAAUCCACUGGUGUAUUCUAGCAAACAUGUUCUAGAAACGGGUUCAUUUAUUGAUGAUCCAAUUAGGCCAUCCUCAGCUUUCCUUCCCUCAAUGGAGAUGCAAAACUCUAAUGUUAGUUAUCCAAUGAAUUUUGAAGAUUCAAUUGUUACUAAUAGUCUUCCUUAUGAACCUGAUGUCCCUACCAUGAAUCAUUGGGGCUCCUCAUAUUCGGGGUUCAGUCAGGAGCAUGCUUCAUUGCAAGAAUAUGCUAAUCAUGAUAGUUGUGUUGGUCAUGUCAUUGGUACUUCUAAAAAUCAAUCGUUUCCGUCAUUGUUAGAGACUAGGAGGACAGUCAUAACCUCUGAUGUCAACUCUGGUUCUGGGGGGUUUAUUCCAUUGCCUUAUUCUAAUUCAUAUGAAUGCUCCAGCAGGACUAGCCUGCAAAGGCCUGACUAUUUAGAUGACCUAGCAGCUGACUACUCUAAAAAAGAAUGCUGUGGAGAUCUCUCCCUUCUGAAGCCCUCUUUAGCACAUGUUACUUCUGAAAUUAGAAAUAAUGUCAGGAUCAGUGAGCAUUCAUCAUCUUAUAGAACCAGUCCUAGCAAGUUUCCAUCUCUUACCUUUUCUGACAGGUAUCCUACAUCCAUACAAGACAGAUAUGAUUUUCAAGUGCCAGAGCGUGAAAGUGAUAAUGAAUUUGGUAAUGUUGGUUUUAUGUUUAAAGAGUGCCAGCCCCACGGUGAAUCUUUUUAUAAUGAUAACAGAACCAUUGAAGAUGGGAGAUCUGCAAUAUACAAGAAGGUGGAAAAUGAGAACAAAGAGGGCCAGCAGCAUAUUCAUGAACCAGUAAACGUGGACUACCAUGAAGUUACUUCAUUGUGUCCUUCUCCAUAUCAGAAUUCUAAUCGCCAGAAGAAAAGGAGCGUGUUCUCUCGCUUGGCUUUGCCUCGUAAGAGACGUGAACCAGAAAAUAACACCCCUCUUAGGACUGCUGACAUUGAUAGGCAUUCUUCAGUUGAUGAAGUCAUGGACAUUCUGCAUCGAAGCCGUAAAUAUUGGGUGAAGACAAGUUGUAAGCAGUUACUUAAGCACAAUGAUGAUGCUGACAACUUUAGGGAUAAAAAACAGGUCACCAGGAAAGAGGGCCCAGCUAUGAUGUCAAAGGAGAUGAAUGUGAAGUCUACAUCAUUCAGCAAGGAGAAUAGCAACCAAAAACAGGUCACCAGGAAAGAGGGCUCAGCUAUGAUCUCAAAGGAGAUAAAUGUGAAGUCUACAUCAUCCAGUAAGGGGAAUAGCUGCCAAAAACAGGUCACCAGGAAAGAGGGCUCAGCUAUGAGCUCAAAGGAGAUAAAUGUGAAGUCUACAUCAUUCAGCAAGGGGAAUAGCAGCCAAAGACCUGGAGAGUCAACUUUUGUUGAUUUUAAACGUCGUAGUGCAGUGAGAAAGAACCUUGAAGAUGGUAAGAUUAAGACCUAUUGUGAAACUAUGAAGGAAAAGAGUGCACCAGCCGCCCAAUGUAAAAAGAGAAAACUGAUUAGGCCAGACUUCCGUGAGAAUGAGUCAUCUGAUCUGGGCGUAUCAGUUGAUGCUCCCGAACUUGUAAUAGUGGCUUCAGCAGAUUGUUCUGUCAACAAAAAUGCUGAAAGUAUUAGGAUUUCUGUUGUCGAUGUAAAUGAAAAGGAUUUAUUGCAAAAUGUUAAAUUGCCAAAUGCUGUCUGCCAGACUGCUGUUAAAGGCAGCAACAGUGACAAGGAGGGAAGUAGCUCUAACUCAGAGCAGUUCAGUGCAGAAAGCUUUCUUGCUUCAGGAAGUGCUGAUGAAGGUGGAAAAGAAUCAUUGAAAAAUCAUUGCACCUCAAGUAUGACUUCAAUCUCUUGUGGGGACAUGCAUGUUGAUAUUAAGCAAGCUAUGACUGCUAUAGGGAUAGAUGGAUUUUCUCAAGACCGUAAUUAUGCAAGCCAUUCUACUUUUGAGUCUUCUCCAAAACUCUGUGAACACAAUGAUGGUGAUGGAGCUGCAAAGAGCGAGUUUGUUUACAGUAUUGAACAGAUGAACGACUUGACUCCUGUUGGUGGUGAGAUAUCCGUCAGCACUCUGAACUAAAGGCGUGAUCCGAGCGCCAAAUGAGAAAGGCCCUCCUGUGGAGGCUCGUAUUAAUGUACAUAUCUUUGCAGAAAUGGGACUCUCCUGACAUCAAGUAAAAAGCCAUCUUUUGGAUUUUUGGUAAUAGAGAAUGUGUCAAACUUUUGGAAGCCACCAACUGCUUCAACCUGCAAGAGUAAUGGCAUGAAAUGCAUUAUAAAUGUUAAAUGUGGAAGUACUUUCUACAAUCAUUGAAGGGUGAAAGCUGCAGAAACGCAGCGACAAGUUUUUUCGCAGCAGCCAUAACAUGAUCAUCAUCAGGUAACAGAACUCUGAAGUCAUAUAUCAUGAGUAUGUGCUUCCAUCUGUGAGAAUCAUGAGAAACAAACAAAGCUUUACGGUUCAUGCCAGUUAGUUACUCUUUUUAAUCUUGGGAUUUUGAUCAAACAUGCUAACAAAGAUUGUGAAUUUUUGUUUGAAGACAAUGCUGACUAUUACUUGGGAAAGUUUUCUCCUUUUUGUUUGGUGGAAGUAGUUUGUUUUGUAAGAGAACAUUGGUGGCAACCAUGACAUGUUUUCAUUUCGUUAUAGGAAAAUGUCUAUUCCAUAGGACCGAUCGCUAUUA